AUGGCGGUUGAAGACGAUUUCAGUUUCCCCACCGCUUUAGAGCCGUUCAAUCGCUGCGGCAUCGAUUCGCCGCCGCUCUGGCGCCUCUCUCCCACCGCAUCGCCUAUUUCUUACCGUCAAAAAACAGCCUCCAAUCGGAGUUUCAGAGACGAUCAGAAGAGCGAUCGGUUUGCGUCGGUGAGAUUCUCGGCGUCGUUACAGAGGAGGAGGAGAUUUUCGAGCGAUGCGGCGAUGGACGGCGAGGAGGAGGAGGAGGAGGUAGCGGCGGAGAAGAUGGAUGUGCUUUGGGAGAAUUUCAACGAGGAGUUGUCGAGGAGUGGGAGAUCUAGGUUGAUGAAAACGGCGGAAAUGGAGGAGAUUGAGAUUGUGAAAGCGCGGCGGCGGAUGGCGGAAUUGAAUCUGUCGGAGACUUCCGGCGCGGUGGUGACGAGGAGGAAGGCGACGGGGAAGACGGCGUUUGUUAAGGCUUUGAAGAAGCUUUUCUUGUUGCAUAACAAUUCCCGCCGGAAUCUGCAAACUCGAUCACUGUGA